AGUCCCAGUCCAGAAUGUCCAGGUCGUAUGGCAGCACCUGCUUCAUUGCACUCAGAGCUUUGGCUAUCACCCCUUUCCUCAGAGCCCCGCCCUUCUGUGAGAGACAGACAGGAACACAGAGACGGGUCAGAGAAAGACAGAUGAGAGAAAAAGACAGAUCGGUCAGAGAGAGAUGGUGUGGAGACAAGUGAGAAAGAGACAGGUGAGAGAGAGAUGAGGGUGGAGACAGGUGGAAGAGAGUCACGUAAAGUCAGCAGCAGGAAGUGGUCCAGAGGAGCAAGAGGAGAGGACCAAAUUUAAACCAGGUAUUUUAUGGGUGGAGUCACUGAACAUUCUCAUCACACCUGGUACCAGGCUGGCCACAGGAAACAGCACAGUUUCAUCUGAGUCUUUUCACAAUAAAAGCCUCCCACACCAGUCGUUGGGAGGCUUUUUUUGUGAAGGUGCAGCAGCAAGAGGUGAUCAUACCCGGACAGCCAGAGCGAAGACGCAGCGUCUGCAGAACCAGGGAGUGAGGCCGCCACCGCCCUCCACUGGAGGAAUGUGACACUGCUGGUGGAAACCUGACAGACAGAGAGACAGGUCAGUGUGUGGACUGAUGAGAGGAAGCAGUUGUAACAAACUCUGAGCUUCCUGUUGGAGAAAAACUGCUCAGAGUUUGUCCAAUCAGCUCUGUGUACGUUCACCCUGAGUUAAUGACAGAAAGCCAUCAUCAAUGGAGCUCCGAUACCAGGAUUCACCAUGGCAACAGGUAAGGAAGGAGCAGCGCCUCCAUCUGAAUCCAGUACUGACCACGAUCCUGAUCUUAGAGACAGGAGGGGAGGUAAGAGUCAUUUUAAGCAGCUCAGUUGCUCUGCCAUCAUCACUGUCUGAAUAAAGUUGAUACUCUCUGCGGUCGUCAUUCAGCAUCUGGACUCUGAUUGGAUGAAGCUGAAUCUAAUGUUAAAUCGAAUGAUUCAGCUGUGUGCUGACAAAACAGGAUGUGGAGAAACAGCUCAGCCAUAGCUUACUGAUGGAUGCUGAUAUCAGAGACCCAGAUAGCAGCAGACUCCGGGUCAGUUUGAUCCAGUAAAAACUGUUUGCUUAUGAGCAUUUCAUUUUUCAGUAAUGAUUCAGUAACUCUGAAUGUCCUGAUGGACGGUAACAGCCUUGCUUUAUCCAGGAUUUCAUUAUUUCUGCCAUUACUGGAUAAACUCUGCGUUCAUGUUCCACUUCUAAUUGUUCCACUUGUUGUGCUUCUAAUGUGAUCUAAAGUCAGUGUCACUGAUAGAUAAUGGCUCUGAGCUUUUGUUAAAGGUCAACUGAAACGUGUCGGCUGUUACAGAGCCGGCUCCAUGCUGCUCAAACACAUCAGACACGUUUCAGGAUCAUUUUGGAACGGCGAGACAUUUGAAACCAAGAACACAGAUCGAGGCGGGACGGGAUGAGCCAGGAAGUGACCGGAGCUGAACUGGAUCCGGGUCUGAAUCAGUGGUCCUACUCCCAGUUGGAUCCGUCCUGGUGUGUGAGUGGGCUCUGACCCAGGUUGCUGAUCCAUUACGGAGCCUGUGAUUCCUUCAGAUAAGGAUCUGGUUUGAUUUGCUGUCAGAGUUUGGCUCCACCUCCCGGCACACAGAGCAGCGAGGCUCCUCCCCCGGCACUCCAGCUGCAGUGUGUUGGAGAAAAGAAGCAGGACCCAGAACUUGGAGUUGUCCUCAAACGUGACGAAGCAGCUCUGCCUGGGGUGGCUCACCUGUCCACCAAUCAGAACACAGAAACUCAGAGCAGAGCCAGUCAAGAUGAGGAUAAUGAUGGCAUCAGGCUGAGUAGAGAAUCACUGAAACCUGUCACCAACUUCAACACACCCGAGUGACUGUCAGACAUCACCUGUACAGAAAAUUUGAAGAAACGGAGAGGAAGAGGCGAGACGUUGGACUGUUGGUCGCUGUGGAGGUCAGUUAGUCAGAGUUAGGUAGGUGGUUAGAUAUUUAGUUAGUCAGUCAGUUAGGUAGAUAGGUUGUGGGGUUGGUUAGUUAUAGAGUUUUGAUGUGGAGGGAUGGACUCAGCGUCUGUCUGCAGCAGAAAAAGGCACUGUGAUGGAGCUGUCCUCCGCUUGCACCAGGAGGCCCAGCAGCCUGCAAACUGUAAGAGGAGGUUCAGGGAGGAGGAGGUGGAAAUGAAGAAGAGGAGGAAGAGGAGAAUAAGCUGUAAGGAGAACAGGGACCCUGAAGACAACCUGCAGAGGGAAAGGAGGCACCAGAGAGGGGUUCACCAGACUGGCUCUGGUUUUAGGUCUGGUGGUGAGAUCCAGUCCUGCAGACCAGAAGUCCGAGUGGCCCUGAUCAGGAAGACCAGGAUCCAAACUGGGGUCAAGACUUUGGUCCAGUUAAGAGAGUCAGAUCCAAUUCAGGCUCUGACUGAUCCACAGCGGGACCAGAAAUCAGCCCAGAACAGACGGGUCAGAACCCCCUCCAAGGUCAGAUCCAGGCCCAGUUCUGUGGGGAGGAUUCCUGAGACCGGAACCAGAAGGAAGAGGAAGGUCCACCCAUCUGCGUUCAGAGGGAGAGGUCAGCUGCGGCUGUCAGUCACUGUGGAGGUGGAACAGGUCAUCAUUCACAUCCACGAGGCCAGAGGCCUGAUGGGAAAAUCCCAGAGGUCAUGUGACUCCUAUGUGAAGCUGGCCCUGACCUCUGACUACAACCACAGGAUCAGGAUGAAAACUCAGACGGUCCUGGACAACAAGAACCCGAAAUAUGAGCGCCGCUUCACACUGUGUGUCGGGGAUGAGCUCCUCCUGAGCAGGUUGUUGGUUUCAGUGUUCAGACGACAAGCUGACAGCAGGUGUAGCCGGCUGAUUGGCUGUAUGAGCUUCGGGAUUGGCUCUCUCAUCUCAUCCUGUGAGCCCCUCACUGGUUGGUUCUACCUUUUGGGGGAGGAGUAUGGGCGGAGCAAAUACCUGAGAGUAACGUCACAGGGAAGGGGACCAGUGAGAAGAUGUGAGGAGGUGCCAGUGGAGAUGAGAGCAGACCUUCGAAGGACUCCGGACUCAACCCCAGAUUCUGACCUGAACCGUGACAUUGAUGUCGCCUCCACCAGCGUUUCCACAGCCAUCCUGACAAAGUCCACCUCUACCACUAGCACCACUGCUCCAAAAGACCUGACCACCAGCCUUGACCCUGCCAAGGCCAGCUACAGCGGCUAUGUCUCCACACUGUACACUAACACCAACCAGCACCACGCGAGCAGAGAUGGCAGCUGUGCCCAACAAAUGACGGUGAGCAUUGCUCGGGGAAAAGAUGGAUUUGGUUUCACCAUCUGCUCCGACUGCCCAGUCAGGGUCCAGGCAGUAGAUGCAGGUGGUCCGGCUCAACAGUCUGGACUCCGUCAGGGAGACUCCGUCCUGCAACUCAAUGGCCUUCCUGUAGAGACCUGGAAGUGUGUUGACCUUGCACACGCCAUCAGGAGCUGUCAGUCUCAGAUCGUGCUGGUGGUGUGGAGAGGUUUACCUGAGGUCCGGUCAGCAUGUGAAGCUAUGCUCCGCCCACACACACACAACACGACAACAGGCAGGAAGCUGUUAUCUCACCCCACCCACAGCAAACAUGGCCGCAAAUGGGGUCAGGGGUCAGGAGUCCGGUCCAGUUUGGGAGCUCUAGGUUCUCUAUGGAGGGACAGGAAGGAGGACCGGGAGGAAGAGGAGGAGGACGAGGAAGACCAGGAGGUGUACACACCUCACACCACCACGCUAAAGGGCACCCGUGUGACAUCAUCAAAUGGGGACAAUUACAUCAUCCUGUCACCUGUCAACCCAGGAGGGCAGCUCAUGCAGCCGGUUUAUCAGGACAGGAACGGGACGAUCGGUCGUCUGUACCAGACUCACCCCAGCAGAGGUCAGAACCUUCUUCAUGACCCUCGAUCGGGGUCAUCACAGAGACCUUUCAGCAGCCACACCUCCACCCUGCCUCCACCUCUUUCCUCCACCUCUUCAUCAUCAACCCUACCCAGAAACUAUGGCAACUACCAGAACUGCACCAUGGUUCAGUCACAUGUGCCCUGCUCAGGAUAUGGAACCUACGUUACCCUGGCACCCAAAACUGUCAUCUUUCCCAUCUUCGUCCAGCCGCUCGAUCUCUGCAGCCCAGACAGAACCCUGCUGAUGUCUGAAGAGAUGAUUCUACACCAGGCCAACCUGCUGCCUGCAAAGGUGACUGUGUUGAUCUACAGUGACCUGCUGCUGCUUACCAGAGAGGAUGAAGCUGGACGCUGUAACGUCCUGCAGAGUCCUGUGUACCUGAACACACUGCAGCUCAGAGAGGCACUGUCCGAGCCGCUUCACCUGUACUUCCUGCACAGCUCUCAGGGCUGCUGCCGCUGUCUCUUCAGCCUGGAGGCGUUCAGCAUCGAGCAGAAGGUCCGAGUGAGCCUCUGUCUCCAUGACAACAUACAGCUGCAGCUCAUCAGCACAGAGACCACUCACACACAGCAGUUCUCAGACCUCCCCUCAGACUUCGGCCUCCUCUCUCUCAGGCAGUCAGACCUCCUCUAUCGUCCUUCAUCUCCUUACUCCUCUCUCUGUGAUCCCCUCAGACCUCCCUCCCCUUCUCCUUACUCUCCCAGUGCUCCCUUUUCCUCUUCCACCCCUCCUCCUGCUCCCGUUCCCCUUCUGUCCCCAUACACCACCUCCUCACCACCCCCCAGGACUGUCAUCUCCCCAGCUCAGCUCCUCUCUCCCCCCCAAUACCCCUCUUCCACUCUGAGGAGUCCCAUCUGGAAGGAGAGAGCGGGAGCAGAGGAGGAGGAGGAGAGAAGAAAAAGGCAGCGGGGGGAAGAGGAGGUGGAGGAGCGACAACAGGGGGAGGGGGAGAGUGCCUCUGAGACUUCAGAGAAUGUGGGAGGUGUCAGGGGGCGGGGCUUCCUGCUCAGCCAUCACCACUUCGACAUGAACCAAGAGAAGGAUGAGGACAGUGAUGAUGAAGAGGAGGAGGAAGAGGGCACGAAUGAGUUUACCUACAGACCAACAGUCCUGCGCCGCUCGCUGUCUGAGGGUUCUCUGCUGCAGGAACCUCGAUCGCCCCGCUUCCUCUCUGACAGCACCAUCCACCGCCUCACCCGCACUGUGAACUUUGACUUCAACUCCAGCUCAAACCUCACUUCCCAAGCCCCCUCCCCCCACACUCUGAGGAAGCAGCUGACCAAAGAGGGGGGGUCUCUGCACCAAAUGCUGAUGCUGCUCAACAUGACCAAGGCUGGAGAAUCCAGAAACCAUCAGCUGAAGAAGAAGACCCAGAAUCUAGCUGCUGAUGUUCGUGGUCGCCUGGCAUUUCUACGAAGGCGGAAAAACAGUACUGGUGUCCGUGGUAACAGUUUGGAGAAAGCGCUGAGAAACAACAGACCAUCUGCAGGGGAGGUGCUGAGGUGGGCGGAGAGUCUGGAGGCUCUGCUGUCCAAUCAGUACGGUCUGACGGUGUUCCGUCACUUCCUGAGGUCAGAGUUCAGCGAGGAGAACCUAGACUUCUGGUUGGCUGUGGAGAGAUUUAAAAGGACACGCCCCUCCAGCAAGAUGGCUGCCAGAGCUGCAAAAAUCUAUGACCAGUUUAUUUCUACAACUGCAGCGAGACAGGUCAACAUGGACUCAGCCAUCAGAGAGGCGACCAAUCAGAGCAUGCGUCUUGGUAUUAGCUCUGCCUCCUUCCAGCUCGCCCAGGACCAGAUUUUCUACCUGAUGGAGACGGACAGUUAUCCUCGAUUCCUCAAGUCCCGCUUCUACACCCAGCUGGCCAGUCAAAACACAGAGACAGCCACGGAGCUGGCCAAUGAGACUGAUGGGACAGGACGAGGAUGAGGAUGGUCUGAUCUGAGCUUCUGAUUGGCUGAACAGAUCCAUCUUCCCAGCAGCAUUCUGGGAGACAAGUAUUAUCAAGUGUUUUUGGACUAAAGGGCACAGAUUUGGAUGUUUUAUCCUUUCAUGAACAAGUUAAACAACUUUAUUAUGACUUUAAUGUUCAGUUUUAAACUGAUCUUCAUCUGUUUAUUUAGAAACAUUUAACCUGCCCAUGUGACUAAAGCAUGACCGCCUACAGACCCUGAAACCUGAUUAGGCCAACUUUUAGUGUCUUAGCCUUUAGGCCGCCGGGGAAGCCGUGCUAAUGUGAUUCUCGUGGGGCCUCUCGGCCAGGUCAUGUUUAUAAAUGAGAACUGGUCCUCAAACAUUUUACCUGGUAAAAUAAAGGUUUAAAAAAAUAAAUUAAAUAAGGGGCUAGACGAAUGAUCUCACUCACAUGUUAAUGUUCAAACACCUGCAGAAGGUUCCCAUCAGCCUCAGCUGCGUGUUGUGUUUAAUUAGCCAGUGUCAGCGUGCUAAUCCUGCUAACCAUCAUGCUGCGAGUAGCUUCCAGACAUGAUUGAUUUUGGAUCUCAGCACCGACUGUGAGCAGACCGAGUUUCUGCUUUUAGUUUCUUUAAAAAACAGUUUUUAACAACUAACUGAAGUUUUGUGUGUGUGUGUUUAAAGGCAGGUUUGUGAGUGAAGGAAUCACCUGCUGCUUUUUGUUUAUCAGAAGACAGAACUGUUUAGCUUCAUGCUGAUGUAACCUUUGAUUAAAUAAUAACCUGUAAAAUCAAAUAAAACAAAAUUACCUUAAACUUGUUUAUUCAGUCUCAGAAAGCUAUAAAAACAACUGUCUCCCCUCCUCUGGGGAUUCAGGUGCUUCUUCCUCGGUGAGUCUCUCUGAGUCUUCUUCGAGAGGUAAAAAUUAGAAGCUGAUGGAAGCAAGGUUUGUGCAGGGGGAGGGGCAACACCUUUGCAGGUGUCAUAUCCAGAUACCACCAGUCAGAGGGGUUUCUUUCAGAUUGCUGUUUUUUAAUUACUGAGGGGAGGAAGAAGAAUUAUAAUUAAUUUUACUGAUCAUUUUAUUAAAUGAAAGGUUCUACAUGUUCUGAUAAAAUUGCCUCUCAGUCCAAAGGAAAAGAACGUGGAUGUUUUGUUAAGCAGACAUGAAUACAAACAUGAACUCCACUUUCGCUGGGCUUUGGACAGUCUGAAAAUCAGUGAUGCCGGCU